AGAUUCGAGCACGCGAAAGCUACGGUCAUGCGAAUUUUGUUUCCCCACAAAGAUACACGAGAAUGUGAACUGCAUGAUACACAGCAGAGCACAGUGGGAGAGGAGGGAUCGACCUCAGGAAUCCAACGAUGAGAUUCUGAAGGUUCAUUAGGCUGCUGCAGGAGGGUUUUCUCGAUGAACAGACGCUCGAUGGAGGUAGUGAGUGCCUCACUGGCCAUCCGACUGCUGCAACUGAACAGACCAUUUUCCUGCUCCGACGUCCUGCAAACGCAACCGAUCAGCGUUGUGAUCAAGUUCACGACUAGUAAGAAAAUUGCAGAGACUCCAGUUUGGCAUUUUGGAAAAUACUUCAACAUCCCAAAUUGUCGAGGAGGCUGGAGGCGCGAAAGUAGCAGAGCCGUUUGCAAGCAAGCAUGACGAGCCUCGUCAAAGAUGCGAAUCGAAACAAAAGCAAUCACGAAUUCUGGGAUCCUUGAUGCAUUCGAGAAUACUCUACUUCAUUUCCGGACUGGUGUUGCGAGAACACAAUGUCUUCGAUCUGCGUACGCUCGGGGCCCGCCCUCAUGAGAUGCGAACACUUAAAAUUCAAACCACCCUUUUGCGAUGCAAGCAAGCGCAGCUUUGCACGCUGAAAUGUGGAGAGGCGUAAAGUGACAGUGCAGGAAUCGUCCCAAACAUCCAGGCUUUUUGCAAGUCUGAGAUUAUAAAGACUCCUCCCUAAACAGACCCUUCAGGAUGCCUGCAUGGGUUCCACGGCAGAAGGUGAUCGAGUGAUUGCCAACAGGUCGGACGCAGCUAGAAGAAAUAAAACUGUAGCAGGGUAGCACUGGAACUGAUCCUGGGAUACUUUAAAUGAAGUCUACACGACUCGUAAGGUCUUCUGGUUCUUCAGCCGCCAUCAUAUAUCUGGGCUAAUAAAGGAGCAGAAGCAGUCGGUGCUGAUGAGGAUGAGUAGCACAUGGGCACAAAAGCAAUUAGGAUUGUAUACCUUCAGUGCGUCUUGAGAGCAGGUGCGUGCAUCAGACUUCACUCCGCCCGUCACUAUCGUUCUCGAGUGUAACCAAAUUUCUAUGCGGCUCCCGCAUGAAUAUACUAAAUUCAUCGAACGUCAACAUCUCCUGAUGAAGAGUAGUCCAGCUCCCAUGGCUUGGACGAGGGAUACUCCCAAACUGUCACAACUUCGCAGGUUUCACUUCUACACAGGCAACAUCGAGAAGGCGAAGCAGCUAGACUUCAGAGUGACAACUUUGUGGGCCGCGACUCUUCUUUUCAGCCUGCUCGCUUCCACUGUCUCGUCUCAGUCUUCAGAAGCCUUUGUGACCCUCAACUGCGGGGGCGCGGCCUUCACGGAUCCGGUCACGGGCUUGGAAUGGGAGAACGAUGCGCGAUAUAUCGAGGCAUCCGACGACCUGCGCGAGGAGAGAGUCCUGAUCAACGCCAGCGUUCUUCUCGAGCCCAGCACGAGUCCCGUGGUCAACGCGGAGAGCUUGAAGGAUGCGUCGGUUUUCUACCCGAUAGGCUCCAUACCGAGAUCGAAGUUCUGCUAUAAUCUACCGAUUUUCUACUACUUAACCUUGUGGCCGAGGAACUACCUCCUCCGCGCGACGUUUCCGAGCAGCAAUCUGACCACCAAAGGAGACAAUGUAUCCCUGAUGAGCACUUACAGCAUGCGCUUCUACUUCACCGUGGACUCGACGUACAUCUCCACCAUCGAGCUGCAGGAGAACCAACCUCAGAUCCUCGAGCUCGUCAUCACCGCGUUCGAUAAGAUGGUGUACGUGUGCCUGGUCCCUCUCGAAGACAGAUCGUCCAUGCCGGCCAUUUCCGCACUGGAGCUGCGCCCCUUUGAAGUUGGCAUGUAUCCUCGAGUCGAUUCUGGGAUGCUCAAAGACUCCAUCACGACCUACUUCCUGACAGUGGCCCGGCUCAAUUUUGGAGGCGACAUCCAGUUGAGAUAUCCCGUUGACAAGUACGACCGGAUAUGGGCUCCUGCGAAGAUUCCCAGCGGUGAAAAGCAAUUCACGUCUAGAACGAAUGUUUCGCGUGUUCAUGUUCAACCUUAUGCGCCGAUGGAUAUGCCGGAUGAGGUGAUGAGCACAGCCUGGGUUGCGACGCAGAAGGAGAAUAACGUGAUGUUUGAGUUAAAUUUGACGGGAGUAAGAGCAAUGCGAGCCGUCCCUAGUUUCUAUUUGAGCCUCGUCUUCUACGAUAUGCUGGAGACUGCCAAUAACACUCGGUUUGUCAACAUCUAUUUGGACGACGAUGGUGAGCACUUGUUUUACAAUGACACUUAUGAAAUUUACAACUAUUUUUUGUUACAAGUUUAUAACAGGAGGUGGACUUUUACGACGAAUGCUCCCACCUUCAAAAUCAGAGCAAAUGGCACGAGCCCAAACCCCGGAUUGGUCAAUGCAGCAGAGAUUUAUGGAGAAUUUGAUGCUGUGGUAUGGAGGACAUUCCAGAACGAUUCUAGCACCCUUAAAACCUUUUCCGAGAGCGCUCCCAGUUUACUGGAUACAGCCGGCGAUCCUUGCCUGCCGGUCCCAUGGGCCUGGGUGGUCUGCAGCAUCGAAACACCACCUCGAGUUACACAGAUAAAUAUUACGAGCAGAGGCGUGGGCGGAAAUUUGCCCACAGAUUUUGGACAGUUGGAUCGUCUGACCAUUUUGGAUUUGUCUAACAAUUCAUUUCGUGGUCGCGUGCCGGCGUCCCUGCGGAAUGUCACGACCCUAACAGCAAUGAACUUAGGAGGGAACGAGCUGGAAGGUGAACUUCCAGGCUUUCCGCCGUUGGCAUCUCAGAAUCUGGAAAGUCUGGACCUCAGCAGAAAUUCCUUCAGCGGAGCGAUACCUACGGAGAUAGAGAAACUGAAGAAUCUGCAGAAUAUGGACCUAUCAAGCAACCGACUAACUGGGGAGCUGACUUUUGACCUGGACAAACUUUCAAGCUUACAAUAUCUAAAUCUGAGCAGUAACCUUUUGAGGGGAACAGUUCCCAGCACCUUAUGGAACAGUUCCAGACUUCAACUGGUAGAUCUGAGUAAUAACAAGUUCGAGACGUUGAACCUGACGACAUGGUAUCAGGGUGUCCUUAAGGCAAGAAGCUUGGAAGCGUCUGCAGUUCUUAGGCAGGUCAAGUUGCAGGGGAAUCAAAUCAAGGAGAUUGUACCUGCAAAUUUGAUUGAUUUGGACAGCAUAAUCCCAAUCCCAUCACCUAAUGAACAGCAGAUUUCAUUACAAUUUCCGCUGGGUUUCAUUUUGCUCACAGACAGUCCUUGGUGCAUUGAUCGUGAAAGGAACCGUUCGAGUUUGAUCGAAAGAUAUUUAUGUCGUUCAAACGAGCACGUUAACUUCUGGCAGGAGCCCCAGACGAAUAAUGACGGCGUCAGUACGACAACGUUGGCCAUCGUGGGCGUAGUAUCUGGACUGGUAUUAUUGUUUAUGGCCUCCUUAGUUGCAUAUUUCUUGUACAGAAUUCGGAGACGAACUCGAGAGCUACACCAAAUACAGGAAGCUCUAGAGAAAGAGCACGUAAAGCCACCGUUCUUCAGCUACGAUGACCUCAGGACGGCUACAUGCAAUUUCUCGAAUGACAAUAUACUGGGAAAAGGUGGCUAUGGUACUGUAUACAAGGCGGUACUUGCAGACGGAAUCAUUGUAGCUGUAAAGAAACUCAAUCCAACUGAGCAAAAUACAGCCGAAUUCUUCAGAGAAAUGGUGAACAUUACGGGUAUCAAACACCGAAAUCUUAUUCAACUUCUGGGAUGUUGUGUAAGAGAGAAGCAACAACGCAUGCUAGUUUACGAGUUCGCGGAGAAUAGGAGCCUUGCAGAGGCAUUGUGGGGUCUCGAUAAAGUUUUCGUACUGAGUUGGGAACAGCGGUUCAAAAUAUGUUUUGGAAUAGCCCGUGGUCUUGCCUAUUUACACGAAGAGUUGCAGCCGAAGAUGAUUCACAGAGAUAUCAAACCUCAGAACAUUCUUCUGGACAAGGACUAUAAUGCAAAGAUUGCUGAUUUUGGAUUAGUCAGACCCGCUCACACAGACGACACUCUAGUCACGGUCAACAUCGGUGGAACAAGGGGCUACUUCUCACCGGAGUAUGCAAUAGAGGGCGUGGUGUCGGAGAAACUGGACGUUUAUAGCUUCGGCAUUGUUCUGUUGGAGAUUGUUUCCGGGAGGCUUUGCAUCAAUUAUAGGAUGACUGCAGAACGAAUUUAUCUUCGAGCCUGGGCUGUGGCCUUGUAUGAGGACGGAAAUUUGCUGGAUCUGGUCGAUGAGGACCUCAAAGGAGCAUGUAAUGAAGAAGAGGUUUUGCUGGUCCUGGACACGGCGCUGUCUUGUCUUCAAGUCGAUCCCAAGAAGCGUCCAACUAUGUCUCAAGUGAUGCACUUGUUUAUGAAACAUGCGGAUGUAGCUAUGGAAAUCGUCAAAGAGCUCAGGGGCAACAGUACAAGCUUGGGGGAUGUAAUGGAAGAUAGGAAACCUCGCAUCGGUGAUGAAAGUGAGGAGCGUACCUUGAUAUCUAGUAACCAGUUCAGAUCACAUGUCAUGGAGCUUUUUGCAUAAAUGCAAAAAGCCUACUUCAUGAUCUAGAUCAUAGAGUAUGUAAUGUCAUUGCCUAUCGUCAAAUUUAGAACACGAGUUGAACGCAAGAAGUAGCUCUAUUUGCAUUAGACCAUUAUAAAGGAGUACACUUCUUUAUGAUCAUUCUAUAAAUAAUAAUAUUUUCUUGGCAUU